AUAGGCGGGUAGGACGGCUUGAGAGCUCUGUUGGCAGUCGGUCUCCUCCACCUCAGAGCCAGGGACUCCUUCCUUGAGGCGGGGCAGUCUCCCGCCUCAGCCCCCUUUUAGGGAGGAAAGGAAGGAAGGAAAUAGGGAGGGGCGGAAAGAACAGAAGCAAAGAGGAGCCUCUUCUAUACUGGGGUGGAGAGAGCGAGCGAGCGCGACGGCGGCUCCUCGCGGGAACAAAGAGGCGCGAAAACGCGAAGGCUGAGGGGAAAGGGGGCACUCCUCGUCUCGCUCCAACGGCCGCGGAGAUGAAAGAAGAGUGAAAAGGCAUGGAUAUAACAUGAAUUACUUAACAAAUUCAGAAAAAAUAGGAAUUAUUUCUCAGUUAGCUAAAUAAAAUGGAUGAGUCGGUCUUAUUGGAUCUGUUGGAGUGUCCUGUCUGUUUAGAACGUCUGGAUGCUUCUGCAAAAGUCUUGCCUUGUCAACAUACAUUUUGUAAAAGAUGUCUCUUGGGCAUUGUGAGCUCACGCAAUGAGCUUCGUUGUCCUGAAUGUAGGACAUUAGUAGACUGCAAUGUUGAUGACCUUCCUAAUAAUAUUUUGCUUGUUCGACUACUAGAUGGCAUCAAACAAAGGCCUCAGAAAUUGACUAAUUUAAUGACAUGCACAAAUUUAUUAAGGGCCCAAACUAGCACUGUUGCUAAUUGCAUUCAAAAAGACCUACAUAGUUCUCAAAGUGUCCAGCAACAGAGAGUACAAGCACGAAGUCCACCUGUUAGGGGUGUACCUCAGUUACCUUGUGCCAAAGCAUUAUAUAACUAUGAGGGAAAAGAGCCUGGAGAUCUUAAAUUCAACAAAGGUGACAUCAUCAUAUUACGUCGGCAAGUUGAUGAAAAUUGGUAUCAUGGAGAAGUUAAUGGUAUCCAUGGAUUUUUUCCUACCAAUUUUGUCCAGAUAAUUAAACCAUUACCUCAACCUCCACCUCAGUGCAAAGCACUUUAUGACUUUGAAGUUAAGGACAAGGAAGCUGACAAGGAUUGUUUACCCUUUUCAAAGGAUGAUAUUCUUACUGUAAUUCGCCGUGUAGAUGAAAAUUGGGCUGAAGGAAUGUUGGCUGACAAAAUUGGAAUAUUUCCUAUUUCAUAUGUUGAGUUUAACUCAACAGCAAAACAACUUAUUGAACUAGACAAACCAUCAGUUUCUACAAUAGAUUCUGGAGAAGGCACUUCUGGUACAUCCCAUUGCAAUUCAGUUCAAAAGCAUACUGAUGUAAAGAAGAACACAAAAAAACGCCAUUCUUUUACUUCCCUUACCAUGUCCAAUAAGGCUUCACAGUCUUCUCAAAAUCGUCAUUCAGUGGAAAUCAGCCCUCCUGUUCUCAUCAGCUCCAGUAAUCCAACUGCUGCAGCACGGAUAACUGAGCUUUCAGGCCUUUCUUGUAGUGCACCUUCUCAGGUUCACAUUAGUACCACAGGAUUAAUUGUAACCCCACCACCCAGCAGUCCAGUAACAACAGGACAUUCAUUUACCUUUCCACCUGAAGUCACUUACCAAGCUGCUUUUGCUGUGAGUAGUAUUAAUCCACCUGUCCCACCACCCCCACCACCUGUCUUAUCUGCUGCAAUAAUUGCCUCUAAUCCUACGUGCCUGCCUUUGGGGUCAAUUCAGAAGUCAACAUCUGCAUUGACCGAGCAAAUAUCACAUUUGAGAGCACAGACAAGACCAAGUGUGUAUAUUGCUAUUUAUCCAUACACUCCUAGAAAAGAAGAUGAACUGGAAUUGAGAAAAGGUGAAAUGUUUUUGGUGUUUGAACGUUGUCAGGAUGGCUGGUUUAAAGGAACUUCCAUGCAUACCAGCAAAAUUGGUGUAUUCCCUGGAAAUUAUGUGGCACCAGUUACAAGGCCAAUGACAAGUGCCUCCCAAGCAAAAAUACCUGUAUCUACUGCUGGCCAGACAGGGCGAGUAGUGACCAUGGUCAAUGCUUCCACUGCUGGAGGAACAGUGCAAAAACUUCAGGGAAAUGGUGUGACAGUGACUUCUGAUACAAUACCAACAGUCUCUGCUGCACAUAUACAAAAAAGUCCACAAUCCAAGAUCAUUAUGCAUAUGUCCAGUCAAAUGACAUUGAAUCAAGCUCGCAAUGCAGUUAGAACAGUUGCAAUUCAUAGCCAAGAAAGACCGACAGCCACUGUAACACCAAUUCAAACUCAGAAUUCAGCAUGCCUUAUUCCUGCUGCUGUGAUUAUUCCACACCAUCCUGUUGCCUCCCAACAGCUACAACCUCAAUUUUCAAAUGCUGCUGCUUAUAUCACAGCUGUAAAUAUCAACCGAGCAAAUGUCCCAUUGGCUUGCACAACUCCUUCAUUAAGUUCUCCUAGCACUUCUGUAUCGGUAGAUGGAGAUUCAAGUGGGAAAAUUGUGACUGUUCAUACGGGAGCUCCAGCUUCCCCAGAGAAUACAUUGACUGCUGGAGGUACUCCUGUUAUGAGUAAAACAGAGAGAGAUGGAAAGAAAGAAAAAAAAGGGUUGCUAAAGUUACUUUCAGGAGCAUCUACUAAGCGUAAACUUAGAGCAUCACCACCAUCAUCCCCAACUCUCGAAGUUGAGCUGGCAACUACAGAACUCUCCCUUCAGGGUGCUGUAGGGCCAGAAAUUCCAUCAAUUUCUGGUCAAGGAAGAGCAGACACUUGCUCCGUGGACAGUGAAUCCCCUACAAUAGUGCUGGAGAAUACUCACUGCAAAACGAGUUCUUUGGAUUCUAAUAUACCUGUAGUUCCUCCUCCAAGACAACCAUGCUCAUCAUUGGCUCCAGUGUCAAAUGAAUCCAGAUCUGUAAUCUAUGAACGAUACAGAGUAGUGGUAUCCUACCCUCCUCAGAGUGAAGCUGAACUUGAACUUAAAGAAGGAGAUGUUGUUUUUGUUCAUAAAAAACAUGAAGAUGGCUGGUUCAAAGGCACAUUGCAGCGAAAUGGAAAAACUGGCCUUUUUCCUGGAAGCUUUGUGGAGAGUAUCUGAGAAAACUAAUUUGAAACAUUUCAACUCUCACAGCACUAUAGAACAAAGAGAUUGCAGCCACGGAAGGCUGGAGCAUAAACAAAUUUAUAUUUAUGUUUUUCAGUAUCCUUACAGCACAAUUCUGGCAGCAAAGAUUAAAAUAGUUGCUUUUUAUCAUUUUGAAUUAUUGAGUGUAACGUGUGCCUUGUAAUGUCUCAUUUAUUCUUCAGAGGAUUUUAAAAUGUGUGUGUGUAUACACAUACAUAUGAUAAAAGGUUAUUGUUUACAAGGCUGUAACUAAUUUAUUCAUUUUUCUAAACUUGAAUUCUGUUUAAUAGCUAAAGUUGGGUGAUUAUGAUUAACAAGUUAUUUAUAAGAUAAGGAGAAGCUGGAUUCUUUUCUUACAAAAAGAUAUAAUGUCAGAUGGCUUUUUCCAACAGUGGGUGACAGUGAAG